UGUCAUCUGUAGCAGGACAGGUUGUGGGAGGAGACAGUAGCGAUAGGCAGGAAUAUAAGCUCAGCCCUGGAGCUCAGCCAUCAGACCCCAACGGAAGAGCUCCACUACACAACAAGUCAGCUCCAACGAAACCUGCACCAGCAAUCAUGGCAAAGCGUGUAGCAGUUAUUCUUUCAGGUUGUGGCGUUUAUGAUGGCACAGAGAUCCAUGAAGCUUCAGCUGUUCUGGUUCAUCUGAGUCGUGCCGGAGCAAAAGUCCAGAUGUUUGCUCCAGAUGCAGAUCAGAUGCAUGUUGUGAAUCACUGUGAGGGGAAACCUACUGAGGAGAAGAGAAACGUCCUGCAGGAAAGUGCACGAAUCGCCAGGGGGGAAGUGACAGAUCUGGCUAAGUUAAAUGUCUCAGACUUCGAUGCCGCCAUCAUCCCAGGAGGGUUUGGUGUGGCUAAGAACCUAAGUGACUGGGCUGUGAAAAACAAGGACUGCACCAUCCAGCCACAGCUAGAGAAGAUCAUCAAGAUGUUCCACCAAGCUGGAAAACCUUUGGGCAUGUGCUGCAUCUCCCCCAUCCUAGCUGCAAAGAUUCUGCCUGGCUGUGAGCUCACUGUGGGUCAAGACAAAGAGUGUAAAAUGUGGCCGUACGCUCAGACUGCAGAUGCUGUGAAGGAGAUGGGCUGCAAACAUGUGAACAAAGAUGUGGAGGAAGCUCACGUUGAUGUGAAAAACAAGCUGGUCACCACCUGUGCCUUCAUGUGUAACGCUCCCAUUCACAAAGUGUUUGAUGGAGUUGGUGUCAUGGUUCAGGAGACACUCAAGCUAGCUUAAUGGCAUUAGUUCAUAACUGCAUCAUUUUCUUUUAACCCUCCUGCAUUGUUAAUGGGGUCAGAUGGGCUCCGAGUGCUUUUAAUUGUUUUAGGAGUGCACCACAUCACCCUUCCAAGGAAUAAACUAUCAACCAUGUUUAAGCACCCCUUGUCCUGGAGGGGGUCACCUGAUAGGACAGUGGAAGGGUAUAACAUAUUUAGUUUUAUGGUUUCAUGUCAAUCUUUUUGGUUUCUUUUUACAUUAGAUGUUUCUUCGUAUAAUGUUAAGGAGAUUUUAAUAAAACCCUUUAUGGAAAUCGUA